AUGUCAAUGUGGAACCCUCCCAGGUUCGAAAAUGAACCCACGAAAGACUACGCAAAAGGCUCCCCGGAAAGAGCAGAGCUGGUUGCCGCGCUUCAAAGAGCCAAGCAGCAGCAGCCAGCAAAGAUUCCUCUGGUUGUAAAUGGUGUUACUCCAGAGAGACGUCGCGCCACUGACGACCAUGGGUCUACGACCAUCCAGAUCAAUUCCGACACAAGCACCAAGCAAAUCAACCCUUCACGACAUGGUGAGGCAGUGGCCGAGUAUGCUUCAGCAACGCCGCAGAAUGUCAACGCUGCCAUCGACGCUGCUCUGAGAGCAAAAUCGGUGUGGGAAAACAUGCCAUUCGAAGACCGGGCCUCGAUCUUCUUACGGGCUUGCGAACUCAUUUCGACCAAACACCGCGCCGAGGUCGUUGCCACGACCAUGUUGGGCCAGGGCAAGAAUAUCUGGCACCCCAGGUUCACCCGUCCGGCACAUGGAACAAGCUCGAGUAUCGGCCGCUGGAAGGCUUCGUUCAUUUGGAAACCGUCACCUUCUGCCCUCCACUCGGCCUGGCUUCUGCACAAGAUACUCCUUGAAGCAGGUCUACCCCAGGAUGUGAUACAGUUUGUGCCGGGUGAUGCCGAGACCAUAACAGAUACGGUCCUCGCGCGCCGCGAGUUCGCGGGUCUCUCGUACAUUGGCUCCACGGCCGUGUUCAAGGGCCUACAGAGGAAGAUUGGCAAUGCUAUCGGCGACGGGGUCUUCGCGAGCUACCCUCGCGUGGUCGGCGAGACCGGCGGCAAGAACUGGACCAUCGUUCAUGCAUCGGCGGACAUUGGGAGCGCGGUGUGCAACACCGUCCGGUCGGCGUUCGAGUACCAAGGUCAGAAAUGUUCGGCCCUCUCGCGCCUCUACGUGGCCAAGUCUGUCUGGCCGGACUUCCGCCGACAGCUCCAGGAACAGACGGCGCUUCUUCAGGUCGGGGACCCGGAGAACUUUGAGAACUUCAUCAACCCGGUCAUCCACGAGCGGUCGUUCGACAAGCUCAACGAGGUGAUCGAAUCGGCAAAGUCCGACCCCGAACUUGAACUCGUCGCCGGCGGCCAGGCGUCCAAGGAAGUCGGCUACUACGUGCACCCCACCGUCUAUCGGACGAGGAAUCCGAAGCACGACAUCAUGGUCCGCGAGCUAUUCGGUCCCAUCCUGGCCGUGUACGUGUACGACGACGACAAGUGGCAGGAGACGCUGGGACUACUCGAUGGAACCUCGACUUACGCACUCACUGGGGCCAUCUUUGCCCGAGACCCGAUCGCCUCGCGACAGGCUCAAGAGGUCCUCAAACACGCGGCCGGUAUGCUCUACCUCAACACCAAAUGCACCGGCUCCGUGGUGGCGCAGCAGCCCUUUGGUGGUAGCCGGGAUAGUGGCACCAAUGAUAAAACGGGAACCAUGGCUCACCUUCAGCGGUUUACAAGCGUGAGGACCAUCAAGGAGGAGUUUGGCUCAUUGUCGCAAGUUUUGUAUCCUUCCAAUGAGGUGUAG